GUGUGAGAGAGAGAGAGAGAGAGAGAGAGAGACAGAGACAGAGAGGGAGCGAGAGAGAGAGGUGGUUUUCUGUGGGAAACUGUUUUGACAGUCACUGAACAAGUGACAAAAGUACCAAAGAUCAUGGAGCCGCAACUGAUCAGAGAGGGAUACUUGGUGAAAAAGGGUACCGUGCUAAACUCCUGGAAGGCAGUGUGGGCAGUGCUGUCAGAAGAUGGGUUGGAAUUCUAUAAAAAGAAAACAGACCGUUCUCCAAAAGGAAUGAUCCCUUUAAAGGGAGCCAAGCUCAUCAGUCCAUGCCAGGAUUUUGGCAAGAGGAUGCUGGUUUUCAAGAUUACCACAGGCAGGAAGCAGGAUCACUUCUUCCAAGCCUCACAUUUGGAGGAGAGAGAGUUUUGGGUCAAGGACAUCAAGAGAGCGAUUACCUGCCUGGAGGGGGGAAGAAAGUUUGCCAGGAAGUCCACAAGGCGCUCCAUUCGCCUGCCUGACAAAAUCAACCUGACAGAACUGUACACACUGAUGAAAGACCAAGACGAUGGUGUAAAAGAGUUAAAACUGGAGCAGGAGAACCGAGUCUUCAACCACUGCUUCACCGGUGCAACAGCGGUAGAGUGGCUGAUUUCCAAGGAGAAAGCGAGAAACAGGCCUGAGGCCCUCAUGCUAGCAACAGGGCUUCUGAAUGAGGGUUUUCUCCAGCCUGCGGGUGACCUGUCAAAGGAGGGAGCAGAGAGUGGAGAGCAAACAGCCUUCUUAAAUGAGACAAAUGCUCUUUAUUACUUUGCAGACAGUGGGUUCUUCUGCGAAGGCUACUCCAGUGAUGAAGAUGUGCUUCUGAAGGAAGAAUUCAGAGGAAACAUCAUAAAACAGGGCUGUUUACUGAAACAGGGACAUAAGAGAAAAAACUGGAAGGUGCGAAAGUUCGUACUGAGAGACGACCCUGCUUACAUGCAUUAUUACGAUCCUACAAAGGGUGAUGAUCCUCUGGGCUCGAUCCAUCUCCGUGGGUCUGUAGUUACAGCUGUGGAGUUUGUGCCUGAUGCCAAAAAGUACGACAUUGACGACAACCUCUUUGAGAUCAUCACCUCGGAUGAGACUCACUACUUCCUCCAAGCUGCUACAGCUGAAGAAAGAAAGGAGUGGAUCACAGCAAUACAGGCAGUGUCGAAAAGUGGAAAAUAACAGGAGCAGUGGGGCAGCCCCAGUUGAACCUAUUGAUUGAAAAAUGCCACGUUUGAAAUGUCUCUUAUUGCAUAAAAGUGUGUCAGCAAUGUUUUCAUGUGUCAGCAAACUGAAUUAGUGCUGUGUCAUUCCAGAGUAACUGGCAAGUUGCACUCUAUACACUAUCAAACAAAUGUUAUGAUAUUUUUGUGCACGUAUCUAAUUAAAAAUAAACACAAAACAGUUCAA